AUGGCCGUCAGAAGGAUUUUGCUUGUUACUGCGUUCCUGAAUGCUGUUCUAGCAGCACCGCAGUUGAAUCCGAGAGACGCUACCAUUAUUGUACUGGAGAAUGACUUCAAUGGAGUUGAACCGUGGCACUGGAGGUACGAGACGAGCAACGGCAUCCGGCAGGAGCAGUUCGGCACGGAGGGUGACGGCGCACGCCUGCGGGGCAGCUUCUCGUGGCAGCCGCCAGAUGCGGGCGGCGCCACCUACAGCGUCACCUACGAGGCCGACGAGAACGGCUACCGGCCCAGGGUGUCCUUCGGUAGCGGUCCAGUGGCUGUGCGCCCCACACCGCUGCCACGACCUACAGAACUGCCAUUCCUACAGCCUUCUCUGGCCAUUGGAAGUAACGCUGCACUUACACUGGUGGGCUGA